GCAACUAUGAACACACUCUUUGGUACCCUUUCUCGCUCAACCACUCUUCGUCGUGUCCCGCUCGCCCUUCGUCGUCCUCCGCAGUUCCAAAGCUCUUUCCAAUUUACGGCCCGUCCAACAGCCGUAAACCUUUCCCAGGUCCAUGCACGGUUCGCAGCAAGCUCGGUCUCUGGCAGACCAGGCAGCCAGACUAUCGAGCACGCGAGGCAGAAUGUGAAGGAGGAAGUCGGGAACUCAAUGACAGACUGGGCGCGCUCGAUCGCUGGUGGCGUGUUCACAGUAGACAGUGUCAAGCCAACAAAAGACUCUUUCUUCGGUAUCACCACUGCAGUCGCCAACUCCGUGCCAACCCCCUAUCUUGCCAUGGGCCUCGCUGCAGGUCUCGCGACGAUGGGUGUUAUCACGAACAUGGACCCUGGUGUUGCGUUGAACAUCUUGGACCAAGCGCUCAACUUCCAAGUCCACUAUGGCGCAGUGCUUCUGUCCUUCCUUGGUGCAAUCCACUGGGGUAUGGAAUUUAGUGGCAUGGGCGGGUCCAAGGGCUACCCCCCGUCUGCUCCUCGGCCACCAAAAUGGUACUCCCAGUACCGCUUCUACCUCUCUAUCCUCGUGGGCACGUGCAUCAUCGGCUCCCUUGCAGGAAUCUCGUAUUAUGGACCUGUAGCCGGCCAUGGUCUUCUCUCCCACGACCUGAACAUGAUUCGCGCUGAGCGCAAACUUAUUGAGCCUGAGCGCACGGGCCACGUAGGUGGGGACAUUGAAGCUGUUUCGGGUGACGAGUCAAGCGACACAUACGUUGUUAUCCGCCGGAAGAACAAGAACGGAAAUGGCGACAAUGGAGCUAAUGGAGAGGCGCACGCUUAACAGUGAUAUGUGACUCAUAAGGUGAGAGAGGACUUACCGAAAAGUCAGCCGCGGAGCUGGACGUUGUGGAAAUAAUCAUUACCAUCACUUGUACUUGUCAGCUGUAUAUCUGUACGUGUAUCAUACCUCUCGUUGUACUAUCAUUCCAAGACAACUGUUCUUCGAUGCCUGAUCGGGACGGGGCAUACUUUGUUAGAA